AUGCCCGAGUUAGCAGAGGUCGCACGAAUCGUGCAUUUCAUUCGCAAGCAUCUUGUGGGAAAGACUCUGGCCAAUGUGCAGACACAAAAUGAUGAUAUCGUCUAUGGCAAAGCUGGGACCAGCGCGGCUGAGUUUCAGAAGGCUAUGCAAGGCAAAAAGAUCAUCGGCGCUGGUCAACAAGGCAAAUAUUUUUGGAUCACAAUGUGCUCGCCUCCACAUGCUGUCAUGCACUUUGGCAUGGCUGGCUGGUUGAAAAUCAAGAAUGCGGACACAUACUACUAUCGGACCACCAAAGAGGAAGACAAAGAGUGGCCGCCAAAGUACUGGAAAUUCCUUUUGGAGACAGACGAAGAUCCAAAAACGGAGGCUGCAUUUGUUGAUUUUCGAAGACUAGCGAGGAUCCGACUGGUCGACUGUCCUGCAGAUGACAUUCGCAAAUACAGUCCUCUGAAAGAAAAUGGACCGGACCCCCUUGCGGAUAAGGAUGUCUUUACUGAAGACUGGCUAUUAGAGAAUCUCAGAAGCAAGAAAGUGCCAGUCAAGGCUUGGCUACUUGACCAAGCGAACAUCAGCGGCAUUGGAAAUUGGAUGGGUGAUGAAAUCCUGUAUCAUGCCAAGAUACAUCCUGAGCAGUAUAGCAACACUUUGAGUGAUGCUCAGAUUAAGCAGCUAUACUCGUCCAUUAACUAUGUGUGCACAACCUCAGUGGACGUACUGGCCGACUCAGACCAGUUUCCGGAGGACUGGCUGUUCAAGCAUCGAUGGAGUAAAGGGAAGAAGAAUCAGCCUGCUGUCUUACCGAAUGGGAAUAAAAUCGUCUUCCUCACUGUUGGUGGGAGAACUAGUGCCGUUGUGCCAGCCGUACAGAAGAAAACGGGCCCCGUCGCCAAGGACAUCGCUGAUGAAGAUGUGGGCAAAGACGAGGAUGCUAAUGGGACGUCAGCCGGUGGUAAGCGAAAACGUGGAACUGUCAAGAAGGAAGAUGACUCCGAGGAUGAUGAGACCACUGGCCCAAAACGGGCGGCGUCAAGGAAAGGCAAGACCGGGGGUGCUAAAUCUGCAAUCAAAGAGGAGGAGACUGAUCCAUCGCAUGCUGAAUCGACUGGAAGGAGGCGUUCAACCCGCAACAGAAAGUAG